UCCUUUUGUUCGAGCAGGUUAAAGAUGAUGGGAGAAGAGGAGAACCUGGUGAAAGAGGAGGAAAUUCUGUCAGAGGAGGAGGAAAACUUGGUAAAAGAGGAGGAAAUAUUCCCAGUUAAAGAGGAUGAGAAAAACCUGGUGAAAGAAGAGAAAAUAUUUCAGGAAGUGAAGGAAGAGGAGAUGGUGAAAAUAGAGGUGAUUCUCCCAGAGGAAGAAGAGAACCUAGUAAAAGAGGAGGAACUUCUUCCAGAAGAAAGUUCCCUUCUGGAAGAAUAUGAAAUCAAUGUUUUUCAGAUUCAAGGGGAUGAAGAGCCCUGUGACAGUGAACUUGGACCUGAGAUCCCAGGUUAUAUCCCAAAAAAGAGACAUUGUAAAACCGUGCCACGGGGGGGAACUGUUGUGGAACCCAACCAAACCACAGCCCGGAAGGGAGGAAGAAUCUAUAAGUGCCCUGACUGUGGAAAAAUCUUUAAGCGGUGUUCACCUCUUAUUAGACACCGAAGAACCCAUACUGGAGAGAAACCUUACGUUUGCCGUGAGUGCUUGAAACGUUUCAGUGACAGCUCAGCCCUUGUGAAGCACCAAAGAAUCCAUGCAGGAGAGAAACCUUACACGUGUCCUGAGUGCGGUAAGAGCUUUUCUCAAAGCUCCACCCUGAUCGCACAUCAGAGAAUACACACUGGAGAGAAACCAUAUAAGUGCCCUGAUUGUGGGAAGAGUUUUAGUGUGAGCUCUAAUCUUGUUGCUCAUCAAAGAAUUCACACAGGAGAAAAGCCUUUUGGGUGUCCUGUCUGUUUAAAAGGUUUUCUGGUCAGCUCCCAUCUUAUCAGACACUUGAGAAUACAUACUGCAGAGAAACCUUAUAUUUGCAGAGAAUGUGGAGAAUGCUUUACUCAAAGCUCUCACCUUGUUGUUCAUAAGAGAAUCCACACAGGAGAAAAACCCUAUCUGUGUUCUGAGUGUGGGAAAAAUUACCGUGGGAUCUCCGAUUUGAUCCAGCAUCAAAGGAUUCACACAGGAGAGAAGCCCUACAAAUGCUCAGAGUGUGGCAAAUGCUUUAGCCAAAGUUCAUGUCUCAAGAAGCAUCAGCGAAUCCACACAGGCGAGAAACCUUAUAUGUGCCUCAGGUGCGGGAAGAGAUUUAACCGGAAUUCACAUCUGACUAGGCAUCAGAAAACCCACAUGGGGUAAUUUCUAAAGAAUACUUGUCUGGAAGUUCCUCUCUAUUACAGCCACUGAAGAAGUAAAGAUGGAUGUCUCAAACAUUGAUCCAUUCCCCAUCUCCUGAAGGAUCAUUUUUCCAAUCCUUUGAACUCAAAUUGCAAGAGUAUAAAAAGAUUUUGGAUAUGUUACCAGGUUGCCUUUACAAUGUUUUUUUCUGUGGCUCUGGUUAAGAUCCCCUUUCCAAAUUCCCUCCUCUCCAUCCAAGAUUCUAAUAGGAUCUUAGAAUCUUCCCUGGAUAAUCCAUACUUUUCCUUGUUAUGAUUUUGAAAAUGACAUCCCAUUUCAAAUACCUUCAGGCAUGUCAGCCCUUUUUCCUGGAUUUUGAGAAUCUCCUAACGUUCAAGUACACCUCAGGUUUCCACAGUGAAAGAAUUGGAAGCUGUGAAAGGUGGUGUUGUUGGCAGAGGUGGGGGGAAACAAACACCAUAACCAGUCAGCACUGACGUCAGACUCUGUGAUGACUCCAGCCUCUUCCCUUUUAUUUUUAAUGCGGUAGCACAUGAAAAUAGCAUAUAUCACCACAUGAAAUUUAUACACAUCAUCCAGUGGACUGCUUUAUGGUUCCAUGCUGCCACUGUCUAAAACCAAUGGAAAACUGCAUGUGAGAAAAAUCUGCUUCACUUUGUCCAUUAUGGGGUUUGUCAUAAGGCAGAGAAGGGGGCAGGAUUUAGUGUACUUCCUUGCCUCUGUCCUUCCCCCUUUCUUUUUCUAAUAGUAGACUAUAGAAACUUCACUGCUUGGAAUCUGAGUUAUAAGCUUGAUCACUCAGUGCUAUGGUGACUCUUCACUGUAGAUGUUCCCAAAGCUGAUAGGUUGGGGGGGGGGGCUGUCAUAAAAUAUUGGUUGAGAGCACAUUCUUGUAUGCAGCAGGUCCUGGAUUUAAUCCCUUGCUUUUCCAGCUUGAAACAUCUUGAGUAACAUGAGUGAGAAAGAUUGUUGCUAUAGAGCAGUACUGCUAAUCAGAAUAAAUGUACUGGGUGAAGUAGCUAAAUGAUCUGGUAUAAGCUCCAGUUCUUGGCAUCUCUUUCCGCGGAUGUCACAUUAUACCCUAAGAAGCAAGGAAAACAGAUGGUCCUUCUUGGUAUUAAUGAAGGGCAAUCUGGGAUCUUACACGGCCUGGUUGCUGCCCCAUGUAGUGACAAUAUCAGAGGUUUAAAUUAUCAAUGCAAAUAUUUUCCUAAUCCUUUUUUUUUUUUCACUUUUAGUGGAGUUUAUUGAAAAUUUUGGAGUAGAUUUCUCUAUUUCUCAAGUGACAAUAGGAUAGUGGCUAAAGGACCGAACUAUGCAUCGGAAAGACUUUGGUUUCAGUCUCACAACUGAUAUUCUUGCUUGGUGGCCUUCAGCAAGUAUUUUCUUGGCAUAAGUCUGCCCUGUGAAAUUUGCGAUAGGGGGAUAAUAGCCCUGACUUAACUUACAGAGCUGUUGUAAGGGUUAUACAGCUUGGACAGUCUAAAUGUGCUCCGUAGGUGCACUGGUAUUGUGUUUCUCCUUGGGUUUGGGAUAAUCUACAGACCCCUUGAUGGGAAAAUGCAAGUGCAUUCUACUAAUAUUCCUGUGCGUGUAUUGCCCUAUUUAGAAACGUCUUUCCACACAUAAAGAUGCCCCUAGAUGAUUAGAACCACAUAAGGAAGGCAGCCUUCCACAUAUUAGAGGGAUAACUUUGGCAGCAGAGAAUCUUCUGUUUUCCAUUCUUUUCCUGAAAGAAGCCUAUUGGAAUAAGAGAGGGCUUCCCACUAUGGUAAUCUUCCCUUGGUGCUUACAGAAGUAUGGUAAUAGGGGAGUGAGGAGUCAGGAAAGGGGAUGGAGCUAAUAGGCUUGUCCCCAAUCUGUGUGAGGAAAAUCACAGGGAAGGAGGAAAAAGCUUCAGAAUAGUAUCUGAAUCUCUGCUGAACAUGAGCAAAAGAAGUUCUUGCCUUCCCUUAAGGCAACUGUGAAUGCUUCGAGAUGGAGAAAAGAGCAGAACGAGUGGAAUUCUUGGUCAAGGAAAACUGGAGAGGACUGGAAGUAGAGAAGCUGACCCUAGUUUCAGUUGAAGAGCAGAUGGAAGGUUGUGAGAUGCCUUCAAGCUCAUUUUCUGAGGAACAAGGAGAACAAAGACUGAUGCCUCAGUUUGGAGGGGUGCAGAAUGCCUAACGUAGUAUUUGAAUGUGUCUCUCCUUUGUCCUUUAAAGCCCUGCUCCAUUUUAUGUCAGAAUGAUCUUCAUCCCAUUAUGGUUAAGUAUAUCUUAAAGAUCUGACUUUCCUGCUCGUUCUUUGCAAAAGAGUACCUGAUAAUUUUCUACUUCUGGUAUAGAGAAGCGUGUUGUGGCUUUUGUUUUCUUUGGUUCUUGAACAUCAAAAUAAGAUGAUGUCUUACACUCCUAAAAUAUACACAUGCCAUAUGCUUACUGGUGAUUUGUACUGUGCAGUGCGUGCCCAUUCAUGCUUUCUCAGAAGUAAAUUCAGCGUAUUUGCAGAGGCUUUCUCCAAGGUAUGUGUAUACGGGAAGGCAGGCUACAAUAUUUCAAACCUAACAGAUAGAAUGGUUUUAGAUUAAAAAAAUAGUCAAAGCUUCCCAAUCCUAUAUUUGUACUUCUGAUGUAUUGCAGAAAAUGUUCCACAGUAUAAAGAGUUAAAGUUUUCUUUUUUUAAUUGAAAGGGAGAAAUCAUCUUAGUCCUGUUUGCCCUGCAUUAAUUAGGUCGAUGUUGACAAAGGAAAGGAAAAAUGGAGAGUGCAUCAUAUAAUAGUAACAUAAAAUAAUGUGUAUUUAAUCGCUUGAGUAAAUUGUACCAGGAAUGGCCAAGGGACAUGGUGAACUGUAUGAAAUAUGUUGUAUGGGUCAGGGUUCAAGCUAUCUUCCUGUUGUCUUGUAUUUCCUGCAACACAAUCUUGAGUCUCGUUUCUUGAACACUCCAGUUCCCAACUUUCUCCAAAACGAAGUAUGCUUUUAAUGACAAAUUCAAGCACUGGUUAGAAGAAUACUGUAAAAGCAUCAUAAGGUGGAUUUUAUACUUAAUGAUCAUUCAAGCACUUGAAAUAACUAGUCAAGCACAGUGUUGGAAAGAUUCACUUCAGAUACUGUAUUAUAAUCUAUUUUUGCAUUGUAUGCCACCUCUACAGAAUAACUAAAGGGUUCAAAAGGUAUGUAAAUUUAAAUGGAGGCCUAUGUGGUAAAUGUACAUAGUAAAUUUCAUUAUCAUGUCUGUACUAUAUAAGGAAAGUUAUCACACUGUGCUGUACUUUAUCUACCCUGGCUUAAAGCUGAGCACAGAAAUCAAGCUAAGGUUUGAAAUUUACACAUACGCAACAAUGCUUUAAUUCUGAUAUUAGUUUUGACCACAAGUAUCAAAGGACAGGAUAUCUUAUUUUUCCUUCAUUCUCUUUUGAAAAUAGAUGGAGGAUGGAAUACCCAUUUAGUGUUAAAACUGGUCAUACAGUGUAGUAAACUGAACGGCUGGGUCCAUACAACGUUCUAGACUGUGCUACAAUAGUUGAGGGGAAUUUAUGAUUCAGCAUCUUGCAGAAAUCCAGACAUAGUCUUAACUUCCUAUGAACCAUGCCACCACUUUAAACAAUGUCUUUUUUUUUUUUUUUU